ACGUAUAUAUUAUACAUUUAUAUACGUCAGUGACACACAAAAAAAAUUGGAGAAUCCCAUCAUUUGAUUUCCCCUGUUAUAACAAUAUUAUGUUCCCACAGAUUUUUAAUCUGUGUAUGUACCUAACCUAACCCGACGUUGUUUUUCUUUAUCUUCAUCGUUCUCUCUUUUCCACUCCUCGUCCCCGACCAUCAUGAUCCCGGCGGCCGGCUCACCGCACUACAACAAUCACAGCUACCUGCGCCCUCUGCGGCACUUUGACAUUUAUUUCGCGUUCACGCACAGGCACGGUCGCACGGAUCGAACUUUGUUCCUCAAUCCUCAUUCGACUCGGCGCUCCGCCAUCGCACACCGAAAGAUCUCAUUGCUCAUUUGGACAACUGUCUUGUUUUGGACACCAUCGCCGCCGUCCGCGUCUCUCGAGUAAAACAACGUGGGAAACGCGCGCACCGAAUCACUAUUACAAAGACCGUCUGCAAACCACACUGCCAUGUCGGAUGAUCAGCAAAUCAUUGUUCCGGCGAACCGUCCCGACGAAUGCUCUACAGAAAAGCCGCCAAAGUGCGACGCCGCCGCCGCCGCCACAUGCCCAGUACAAUCGCCGGACGACGAAGCCAAAAUUAUUGAUGUUUUUGAUGACGAUGACGCCGCUAGUCCCGCACCGCCGCCAAAGGACGACGCCGACCUUGCACCGCCGCCAAAGGACGACGCCGACCUUGCACCGCCGCCAAACAACGGCGUUGCCGAAAUGUUGGAUGUCGUAAUGACGUCACAGGACGACGACGCCGCUAUUCCCGCACCGACGCCAAACGGCGACGCUGGCCUCUCAUCGCCGCCCAACAUUGCGGCGGGCCCCGCAUCGCCGCCGAAGGAAGACGCCAGCGCCGCAUCGCCGUCGAAGGAAGACGCCAGCGCCGCACCGCCGCCGAAGGAAGACGCCAUCCCCACACCGCCGCCGGAGGAAGACGCCAUUACCGCACAGCCAUCAAUGGACGUCGACACUGCCAACCCCGCAGACGGGCAGACGACCAUCCCAAUCGUGCCAAAUAACGAGCCGGGGUGUUCAAAGGCCAACGGUACUGCUGCCACAGACGACGACGACGCUGAAGUUGACUUCAAGAAAGAAAUUAAACAUGAAACUAUUGAUUUGGGCAACGAUACAUAUUUUUAUGAUGAUAAUAAUAAACCAAUACUUGUAAAAGGUUACCCUAAAGUUGGUUUUGAUCGUGGACUUGAACCAGAUCAUAUUGUUGGAGCUACUGAACAGGAUGGAAAAUUGAUGUUUUUGAUUGCAUGGAAAAAUUCAGAAGUUGCUGAUCUGCUUGAAUCCACUGUGGUUUAUGAUAGAGCCCCUCAAAUAGCUAUUCAGUUCUUCGAAGCUCGUCUCAGAUAUUGUUGUCCUGCUAAUGAUAACAAUUAAUUGGUUAUUCCUAUGCAUAAACAAAUAUUCCUGAUUUGAUUUAACAAACCUUUCUGAUUAGUACAAAAUAUUUAACAUUUAAGACUAAAGGAUUAAACAAAACUUUUUAAAUUUAUAUUUUUUUUUAUACAAAUAUUUUUACUUUAUCAUGGGUUGAAUUUUUUUUUUUAACUACCUAUACAUUAUUUUUGUUUGAAUAUAUUUUAUUUUAAAAAGUCCCCAUCCCACAAUUUAUGUUUAACUGUUUUGUAGUUUAUGUAUUGUAAUUUAAGGUUGUUAUAUUUAACAGCUUUAAAAUUUUUAAUUUCAUACAUUAUUUUGGUUGAAUUGUAAUCACAUUGACAAUCAAUACUAUAUUUUAAAAAUGAAAAUUAUUGUCGAGAAAUUGUGCUAAAAAAUAUUACUAUUUACAGUGAACCUGGCCGUUAUAUACGGGUUUCACUUUAUAUAAAAAUAAUUAUAAUCAUCUCAAAAUCCUUUGUCUAUUUUUUUUAAAUUAACAUAUGAGAAUAAAAUUAAUACUUAAUUUGAUAAGACAUAUUUAUUAAAAAUCCAUUUAAUUAUACAUACAUUUUUAUUUUGUCAUAA